AUGCCUGGGGUUCCCUCCAGUCGAGCAUGCGAUGCAUGCCGCAAACAGAGGAAAAAUUGCGAUCAACAACGACCUGCGUGUUCGAGAUGUGCCCGCCUUCAGAUUGCCUGCGUUGGUGCUGGCAAACAGCGAUUCAAAUUUGCGGAGAAUCUAACCAUCGAGCAUCUGGAGAGCCGCCGCUCGAGCAGUAACCCCUCUCCACGCCGUUCCCUGGAGGCCGCUGCACAGCCUGCACUUGCUAUGCCAGCGGCACCGAGCAAUGAAUUGACCUUGGUGACCGCCGCCUUCCUCUCCACCCUUCAGGUGACAGACAUUCGCUUCGACCCGACUGUCUAUGGCGAAUUUCUUAAAGACAUCCCGAGACGGCUUGGGACAAAUGCCGCUCUCGAUGCUUCCGUACACACAUUUUCAGUGGCGUUCCCUCAAGUCUAUUCUCAUAAGAAGAGCCCGGAUGUGGUGGAGAGUUAUUCUCGAGCCUUAGCUGCGCUCAGAACGAGCUUGGACAGGCCUAGUGAGGCAAGCUCAAUAAAUACAUUAUGCGCAAUUUACUUGAUGAUAAUAUGUCAGGCCUGGAUGGGCGAUUUCAUUCUCACAGGACACGGAGAACUUUUGUCCCAGCUGCUGAGAACCGUAGCGAACCAAAAUUGGGAUGAUAAUUUCGACUACGAGGUACUGCUCACCUUGUGCGUUCCUGUGAUUGUCGAAAGCAUUGGCAACCCGAGAAUUCACGUGCAGCCUUGGCUUGACAAGCUGGUGGGCAAACGCGAGCAGGCCAUUCCAAUGAAGAGCAUGAGAUUAACCCAGCUCGCAAAGAUCCAGCAGUUCCUCAAUGAUCCGUACGCCCAUGAAGCAGACAUCAGACUCACUUAUCAGCAAUUAGGGUUCGACCUGCACAGGAUCCAGCAGGUAAUACUCCCUAAAAUAUCGAAAACAGACCAGACCGUAAAAAUGCGUUCUCGCUUUCAAGUUAUCUAUAGCAUUUUAUUGUCCUAUGCUACGAUCUUGAACACCAUACUCUGCCGGUGCUUCGAGCCUUACAACCCUAUCCUCACCACUGAAGGCCUGACUUUGGUUGACGGCAUCGUCCGCCUCGCAGAAGAUGCUACCCAAUACCGGCCUCUAGGAUCGAGUGGAAUGCCACUGAUGCUGAUGGCUGUAUGGCCGGCAGCGAAAGGGACCACCCAGCAGACCCGAGUUGAAGAGCUUAUGACCGAGUACAAGUCCGAUUUCCCUACGACGAGCUGGCAACAGGUUUCGCUGUGGUUGGAAAGUCGAAUGAACAACAAUUCGAAAACCAGGGCACUAAAAGAUAUGGGCCCUGUAGCAGAUGCGUGUUCGACCAUGUAG